GACAGGCUCAAGAGCAGAACAGUGGGCAGUUGGAGGAAAGGCGGCCAGAGCGGGAGGAGCCGACCAGAAUUCCAGGGCAGAGGGAAGACGCAGGGAGAAGCUAUUGGGGUGAAGGAAAAUCAGACCAAUGAAUACAGACAAAUAAGCAGUUUUGGCAUCUGUCGCCCGGCUGAGCCAAGAUGGGCGACUGGAGCUUCCUGGGCGAGUUUCUGGAGGAGGUGCACAAGCACUCCACGGUGAUCGGUAAGGUCUGGCUCACCGUACUCUUCAUCUUCCGCAUGCUGGUGCUGGGCACGGCUGCCGAGUCUUCUUGGGGCGACGAGCAGGCCGACUUCCAGUGCGACACGAUUCAGCCCGGCUGCGAGAACGUGUGCUACGACCAGGCCUUCCCCAUCUCCCACAUCCGCUACUGGGUGCUGCAGAUCAUUUUCGUGUCCACGCCCUCCCUGGUGUACAUGGGCCACGCCAUGCACACGGUGCGCGUGCAGGAGAAGCGGAAGCUGCGCGAGGCCGAGCGCGCUAGGGACGGCAGCGGUGCUGGCUCCUACGAGUACCCUGUGGGGAAGGCAGAGCUGUCCUGCUGGGAGGAAGCGAAUGGGAAGAUUGUCCUCCGGGGCACUCUGCUCAACACCUACGUCUGCAGCAUCCUAAUCCGCACCACCAUGGAGGUGGCCUUCAUCGUGGGCCAGUACCUGCUGUACGGGAUCUUCCUGAGCACCUUGCACGUCUGCCGCCGCAGCCCCUGCCCCCACCCAGUCAACUGCUACGUGUCCCGGCCCACGGAGAAGAAUGUCUUCAUUGUCUUCAUGCUGGCCGUGGCUGGACUGUCCCUCUUCCUCAGCCUGGCCGAACUCUACCACCUGGGCUGGAAGAAGAUCAGACGAAGGUUUGUCAGGUCACAUCAGGGCAUGGCCGAGUGCCAGCUUCCCGGCCCCUCUGCAGGCGUGGUCCAGAGCUGCACGCCACCCCCCGACUUCAACCGGUGCCUGGAGAACGGCCCUGGUGGAAAAUUCUUCAAUCCCUUCAGUAACAACAUGGCCUCCCAGCAGAACACAGACAACUUGGCCACCGAGCAAGUGCGGGGCCAGGAGCAGGUCCCUGGGGAGGGCUUCAUCCACAUUCACUAUGGCCAGAAGCCGGAGGUGCCCAACGGAGCCUCCCCAGGUCACUGCCUCCCCCAUGGCUACCACAGUGACAAGCGGCGUCUUAGCAAAGCCAGCAGCAAGGCCAGGUCGGAUGACCUAUCAGUGUGACCCUGCUGCAUGACAAGACCAGGUCAGGUGGGAACAAACCCAGACAGGGAAAGUGUGUUCCUUCUGACCCGGUGCUCUCUCAUCAGCACAGCUCUGCUCCUUUUGGGACCUGGGUCUCAAUGGCAUUGCUCAUUAAUUGCAGAAAGUAUGACCAGGGCUCUUUGAGUGUAGUCAGGGGCACUGCUACCCACCCAGGCUGCUGUCCACUCCCCAUCCCCUGUCCAGUGUGCAAAGGAAAACCUUUCAGAUUACUCAUUGAACAGGGGAGAGGAUGGGAAGAAACUGUGGCAGAAUCUGGCCUGGAAGGGAUAGCCAGAGGGACAGACUGAUUACUAUCAGCCACAUGACAGCUGGGUUCUCUAAGUUUCUUCGUCUUCCUUGAGCUGGUCACUCUUCCUCCCCCAAGGAAGAGCCCUAAAUUCCCAGCCAGUGGAGAGCACGAAUCAAGGAACUUGCGUUAGUGUGUGCUCUUGAAUCUAUUGUCUGUGUGGGCCUUCCUUGGAUUGGUGGUGAGGUGGCCUUGGCCUGCCCUUGGCUACCCCUUCCUCUGCUCAGUGUGAAAAAGGGAUCUUCACCAGCAGCCACAACUUUACAAGUGCCUUGGCGUGUACCUCUAGCAAAUGUGCCAGCUUGGGGAUGUUGUAGCCAUUCCUUCUGCCAGGUUGUACAGCCAAUCCAUGGAGGUACCAGCUCCUGUAGGGAGUCAUUGUACAGGCAGACUUCACUGGAAUUCCUGCUGCCACCUGUCAUCUUGUGAUUCCUUUACAGUUCAGUCUGAUGAUAGAAACCAUCCCUUCCCUUCCUCCCUUGGCUGUUCACUCAAUGCUCCUCAGAAGACCUUGUCUACAGGAAUGCCCAAGAAGCCAUUGUCCUCUCUCAGAUCCUGACCAGAUCACCAGCCACAGACGCCAGUGGAAUUUCCCCUGGUCUUAUUAAGACAAGGAGGGCAUUGUACUUCUGAGUUUCUCUUUGGGAAAAAAUAAUUCUGUGAAGAUGAAAAUAAAAAAGGAAAGAAAAUACUGGAAAACUAUUUCCCCCUCCUAUUUAUUUCCCUUGCUGACUGCCAACUUAAGUGCCAAGAGGAGGUGUGAUGGUAGCUACAAAGGCCCCCAGAUCUCUCCCUGGAGGCUUUAGUAGGGGCAUGAAAUAGGAGGGAGAAUCUCCAGCUGUCUUCACAGGGCCCUUAUUUAAAGAACACAGAGAUUCCUAUGUCUCCCUAGUUCCCCUAGUAGGACCGCCAAGUAGGGGCUCAGAAAAGCCCUGCCUUCCCCAGGGACUGGCCUGGCUUCCCUGUUCACUGGAUCUAUAAUGGUGGAUGCCAUUUUGGAUGAAGGUAGAGGAUGCUCAGAAUUGGAUACUGAGACUUACAGAGAGAUGAUUACGUUUUAAAAAAUGCAUGCGUGUGUGUGUGUGUGUGUGUGUGGAUAGGAUGGAUGAAGAAGAGGAGAGUCCUGAAAUUAGGACAGGAACCAGAAAGAAACUAUGUCUUCCUGCCCUCCUUUCCUGUGGCCUGGUGGGGGGCCGAACCCACUGUCUUGGUGUUAGCAGUUUAAAUGGAUAGGCAUGAGAGGUUGGGGUGAAGGCCCAGAGGACCCUCAGCCUGUUUCCCACCUGCUCAUCUCUGGGCCUCCCUGAUGAUACUUGGAUGUCAUUGGUGGGUGAAAAGGAGGAUGAGAGUGGAUAAGUAGGGUCAAGUGGGAUCCCAUUUAGGAAAGACUGACUGGUGGGGUGGUCCCUGGGUGGGGCGGAAGAUAUCUUUUUAUCUAUUGGCUGGCACUGGAUUGAGAUUCUUUCUCCUUCUGUUUCUGAAAUGUAUUUGUGAAAUGACUGUUCUCAAAUUAGAAAUUCUGAGAUCAAUCCUUUCAGAAGGAAAAAGAUAGUUACAUGUAUAAUUUGUUUUAAUAA